AGGACGGAGGGAGAGAAGGAGCUGAACGUCUGAACCCUGACGGCAGAGAAUAGCAGGAUUUUGUCUUUCCUCCUGAGGAGCUGCCAGUAACCCUCGGUGGACGAUGGCCGAAGGAGGAGAGGGAGAAGAGGAGAUCCAGUUCCUGCGGACGGACGACCAGGUGGUGCUGCAAUGCACGGCGUCCGUCAUGAAGGAGCAGCAGAUUAAGUUAUGUCUGUCGUGCGAGGGCUUCGGGGACCGCCUCUGCUUCCUGGAGACCACGUCCAACGCCCAGAAUGUGCCGCCGGACCUGGCCAUAUGUUCCUUCAUCCUGGAGCAGUCGCUCUCGGUCCGAGCCCUGCAGGAGAUGCUGGCCAACACAGUGGAUAUGACCGAGUCGUCUCAAGGUGGAGGUCACCGCACCUUGCUGUACGGUCACGCCAUCCUGCUGAGGCACCACCACUCGGGCAUGUACCUGAGCUGCCUGACUACAUCCCGAUCCCUGACAGACAAGCUAGCCUUCGACGUGGGCCUGCAGGAGGACUCCAUCGGUGAGGCGUGCUGGUGGACCAUCCAUCCAGCCUCCAAGCAGAGGUCAGAAGGUGAGAAGGUCCGGGUGGGAGAUGACCUGAUCCUCGUCAGCGUGUCUUCUGAGAGAUACCUGCAUCUGUCCUACGCCAGCGGGGACCUGAUGGUGGACGCCUCCUUCAUGCAGACGCUGUGGAACAUGAACCCCAUCUGCUCGGGGUGUGAACUAGCCGAGGGGUUUCUGACGGGAGGUCACGUGCUCAGGCUGUUCCACGGCCACAUGGACGAGUGCCUGGCCAUCUCCACGCCGGAGGAGGGAGAGGAGAAGCGCAGGAUGGCUCACUACGAAGGCGGCGCCGUGUGCAGUCAGGCCCGGUCCCUGUGGAGGCUGGAGCCCCUCCGGAUCAGCUGGAGCGGCAGCCACAUGAAGUGGGGGCAGUCCUUCCGAAUCCGCCACAUAACCACGGGCCGGUACCUGUGCCUGGACGAGGAGAAGGUCCUGGUGGUGGUGGACCCGGAGAAGGCCAACACCAAGCUGUCGGCCUUCUGCUUCCGGGCUUCCAAGGAGAAGGUGGACGUGGCCCAGAAGCGGGACGUGGAGGGGAUGGGCAUCCCGGAGAUCAAGUACGGAGAGUCCAUGUGCUUCGUCCAGCACGUGUUCACGGGCCUGUGGCUCACCUACGCCGCCCUGGACGCUAAAGCCGCCCGUCUGGGGAUGAUGAAGAGACGGGUCAUUCUGCAUCAGGAGGGUCACAUGGACGACGCGCUGACGGUGUCGCGCUCGCAGACCGAAGAGUCUCAGGCUGCGCGGAUGAUUUUCAGCACCACGGGCCUCUUCAGGCAGUUCAUCAAGGGGCUGGACUCCCUGAACGCCAAGAGCAAGUCUCCCAACCCUGCGUCGCUCCCCCUGGAGGGGGUCAUCCUCUCUCUGCAGGAUCUCAUCUUCUACUUCCGCCCACCGGAGGAGGAGCUGGAGCACGAGGAGAAACAGACCAAGCUGCGCUCGCUCCGCAACCGGCAGAACCUCUUCCAGGAGGAGGGCAUGAUCACCAUCGUGCUGGAGUGCAUCGACCGCCUCAACGUCUACAACACGGCCGCACACUUCUCCGAGUUCGCCGGGGAGGAGGCGGCCGAGUCCUGGAAGGAGAUCGUCAACCUGCUCUACGAGCUGCUGGCUUCGUUGAUCCGGGGGAACCGGUCCAACUGCGCGUUGUUCUGCGACAACCUGGACUGGCUGGUCAGCAAGCUGGACCGUCUGGAGGCGUCCUCAGGGAUUCUGGAGGUGCUGUACUGCGUCCUCAUCGAGAGCCCCGAGGUUCUGAACAUCAUCCAGGAGAACCACAUCAAAUCCAUCAUCUCUCUUCUGGACAAGCACGGCCGGAACCACAAGGUGCUGGAUGUCCUGCGCUCUCUCUGCGUGUGCAACGGUGUCGCUGUGAGGUCCAACCAGAACCUGAUCACUGAGAACCUGCUGCCGGGUCGGGAGCUGCUGCUGCAGACCAACAUCGUGAACUACUCCACCAGCAUGAGGCCCAACAUCUUCCUGGGCACUUGCGAGGGCUCCACCCAGUACAAGAAGUGGUACUUCGAGGUGAUGGUGGACCACGUGGAGCCCUACGUGACGGCGCAGGCCUCCCACCUGCGGGUGGGCUGGGCCAUGACCGAGGGCUUCAGCCCGUACCCCGGCGGGGGGGAGGGCUGGGGCGGCAACGGCGUGGGAGACGACCUGUACUCCUACGGCUUCGACGGGCUGCACCUGUGGUCGGGUACGGUGGCCCGCCAGGUGGCGUCCCCCGGUGCUCACGCCCUGGCGGCGGACGACGUCGUCAGCUGCUGCCUGGAUCUGAGCGUGCCCAGUAUCUCCUUCCGGAUCAACGGCCACCCGGUCCAGGGCAUGUUUGAGAACUUCAACGUGGACAGCCUCUUCUACCCCGUCAUCAGCUUCUCCGCCGGAGUCAAGGCUCGUUUCCUUCUCGGUGGUCGCCACGGCGAGUUCAAGUUCAUGCCGCCGCCAGGCUACGCACCCUGCUACGAGGCCGUCCUGCCGAGGGAGCGGCUGCGCAUCGAACCCAUCAAGGAGUACAAGCACGACUGCAGCGGCGUGCGCAGCCUGCUGGGCCCGUCGCAGUCCCUGACGCACACGUCGUUCACGCCGUGCCCCGUGGACACGGUUCAGAUCGUGUUGCCGCCCCACCUGGAGCGGAUCCGGGAGAGGCUGGCGGAGAACAUCCACGAGCUCUGGGCCAUCACCCGCAUCGAGCAGGGCUGGACCUACGGACUCUUCAGGGACGACAACAAAAAGCUGCACCCCUGUCUGGUGCACUUCCUGAGUCUGCCCGAGCCGGAGAGGAACUACAACAUGCACAUGUCCGGCGAAACGCUCAAGACGCUCCUGGCCUUGGGUUGUCAUGUUGGUAUGGGUGACGAGAAGGCGGAGGAGAACCUCAAGAAGACCAAGCUGCCCAAAACCUACAUGAUGAGCAACGGCUACAAGCCCGCCCCCCUCGACCUCAACCACGUCAAACUGACACCCAACCAGAACCAGCUGGUGGAGAAACUGGCGGAAAAUGGACACAACGUGUGGGCGAGGGACCGGGUCCGCCAGGGAUGGACCUACAGCAUCGUGCAGGACAUCAUGAACAAGCGAAACCCUCGUCUGGUACCGUACAACCUGCUGGACGAGAGGACGAAGAAGACCAACCGCGACAGCGUCAACAACGCUGUCCGCACCCUCAUCGGCUACGGCUACAACAUCGAGCCCCCGGAUCAAGAGAGCACGGGCCACGGCCACGAGACGACCCCCGGGGACAAGGUCCGGAUCUUCAGGGCGGAGAAGUCCUUCGCCGUCACCCAGGGGAAGUGGUACUAUGAGUUUGAGGCGGUGACGACGGGGGAGAUGAGGGUGGGCUGGGCUCGCCCCAGCGUCCACUCCGACACCGAGCUGGGGGCGGACGAACUCGCCUACGUCUUCAACGGCAACAAGGCUCAGAGGUGGCACAUCGGCAACGAGCCGUUCGGGCGGCAGUGGCAGCCCGGAGACGUGGUCGGGUGUAUGAUCGACCUGACGGAGAUGAACAUCAUGUUCACGCUCAACGGGGAGAUGCUGAUCAGCGACUCCGGCUCGGAGAUGGCGUUCAAAGACAUUGAAAUCGGGGAAGGGUUCAUCCCUGUGUGCGCCCUCGGCCUGUCCCAGGUCGGCCGGAUAAACCUGGGCCAGAACGUCAGCAGCUUGGGGUAUUUCGCCAUCUGUGGCCUCCAGGAAGGAUUCGAACCGUUCGCCAUCAACAUGAAGCGAGACAUUACCAUGUGGUUCAGUAAAAGUUUGCCCCAGUUCGUGCCGGUGCCCACCGACCACAAAAACAUCGAGGUGUCCCGCGUGGACGGGACGGUGGACAGCGCGCCCUGCCUGAAGCUGACCCACAAGACCUUCGGCUCGCAGAACGCCAACACCGACAUGAUGUUCCUGCGGCUCAGCAUGCCGGUCCAGUUCCACGAGACGUUCAAGGUCCCGGCCGGCACCACGCCCCUCACCCGGGCCCUCACCAUCCCCGAGGAGGAGGUGGUGGUGGUGGAGCCCGACUCCGAGUUCGAGGUGCUGAAGAAGUCGGCCAGCCGCAAGGAGCAGGAGGAGGACAAGAAGGAGGCGUCCAUGCCCAAGGAGGUCUCCCCGGAGAACGAGAAGGACGCGGCGUCGGAGAAGGGAAAGAAAAGAGGGUUCUUCUCCAAAGCGAAGAAGGCGGCCAUGACCGGCCCCCUGGCGCCUCCUCCCGCCCCCCCGACGGUGCCGCGGCUGGUGGAGGACGUCGUCCCCGACGACAGAGACGACCCCGAGAUCAUCCUCAACACCACCACGUAUUUCUACUCGGUGAGGAUCUUUGCCGGCCAGGAGCCGUCGGGCGUCUGGAUUGGUUGGGUCACCCCCGACUACCACCAGUUCGAUCCCAACUUUGACCUCUCCAAAGUUCGCAACGUGACGCUCACCGUGGGAGACGACCGAGGAAACAUCCACGACAGUAUGAAGCACAGCAACUGCUACAUGGUGUGGGGGGGGGACCUGGUGAGCAACCAGCAGACCCGCUUCAGCCAGGAGGACAUGGUGGUGGGCUGCCUGGUGGACCUGGACACGGGGCUCAUGACCUUCACGGCCAACGGGAAGGAGAUCAACACCUUCUACCAGGUGGAGCCCAACACCAAACUGUUCCCCGCGGUCUUCAUUCAGCCGACCAAUCAGAACAUGGCGCAGCUGGAGCUCGGCAAACUCAAGAACAUCAUGCCGAUCUCGGCGGCGAUGUUCCGCAGCGAACGCAACAACCCCGUCCCCCAGUGCCCCCCCAGGCUGGACGUGCAGAUGCUGACGCCGGUCAUCUGGAGCCGCAUGCCCAACCAGUUCCUCAGUCCGGAGGUGGAGCGGGUGAGCGAGAGGCUGGGCUGGAUGGUGGAGUGCACCGAACCCCUCACCAUGAUGGCGCUGCACAUCCCUGAGGAGAACCGGUGCAUCGACAUCCUGGAGCUUUCCGAGCGCCAGGACCUCAUGAAGUUCCACUACCACACGCUCAUGCUGUACUGCGCCGUGUGCGCGCUGGGCAACAACCGCGUGGCUCACGCGCUGUGCAGCCACGUGGACGAGUCGCAGCUGUUCUACGCCAUCGAGAACACCUACCUGCCGGGGCCGCUGCGCAGCGGCUACUACGACCUGCUCAUCAGCAUCCACCUGGAGUCGGCCAAGCGCGCCCGCCUGGGCACCAACAGGGAGUUCAUCGUGCCCAUGACCGAGGAGACGCUCAGCAUCCACCUGUAUCCCGACAUGAACAAGUCCCACUCCCUCCCCGGCGUCGGCCUCACCACCUGCCUGCGGCCAAAGCUGCAUUUCUCAUCCAUCAACUUUGUUGGCACCGACCCGGAUUUGUACACCCUCAGCCCCAUCUUCCCUCUACAGGAGCUGAAGACCAUCAGCAUCAGCAUGCUGACGGAGGCGGUGCUGGACGGCAGCCAGGCCAUGCGUGACCCCGUCGGGGGCAGCGUGGAGUUCCACUUCGUGCCCAUCCUGAAGCUCAUCAGCACGCUGCUCAUCAUGGGCAUCUUCAACGACGAGGACAGCAAGCACAUCCUCAAGAUGAUCGACCCCAGCGUCUUCAGCGGGAAGGAAGACGCCGAGGAGGCCGACGCUGCCAAAGCUGGCGAGGGCGAAGGCGCAGAAGAGAAGGAGGAGGAAACUGAAGACGAAGCUGACACUGAGCUGGAGGAUGAGGGCGUAGGUGACGAGGAGGACGAGGAGCUAAAACAGCUGGAGAAAGUGGAGGAUGACGGAAAAGUGACGGGGCAUAGAGAGGAGCGAAAAGAGGAGAAGGAAGAGGGGGAAGAAGCCAAAGAGGGUAAAGUAGACGGAGAGAAAGCAGAGGAAGAGAAGGAGGAAGAGGCACAUGAGGCAGAAUUGAAAGAGGAAGAAGAGGGUCUGGAGGAAGGGCUGCUCCAGAUGAAGCUGCCGGAGUCGGUGAAGCUGCAGAUGUGCACGCUCCUGCAGUACUUCUGCGACUGCGAGCUCAGACACAGGGUGGAGGCCAUCGUGGCCUACUCAGACAAGUUCAUGCAAGACAUCCAGAAAAACCAGCGCGUGCGCUACAACCUGCUGAUGAGAGCCUUCACCAUGUCGGCGGCCGAGACGGCACGCAAGACCCGCGAGUUCCGCUCCCCGCCGCAGGACCAGGUUCUGUUGCUGACCAACUUCAAACAUGAGGAUGAAGACUGUCCGGUUCCUGAGGAGGUCCGGGACACUCUGGCGCUUUUCCAUAAUGACCUUUUGCUCCACUGCGGUAUACACAUUGAGGAGGAGGCGGAGGAGGAGGAGGUGGACGCCUCACUGGGAGGCAGACUGCUCAGUCUGGUUGAGAAGGUGAAGAGCUUGCGCAAGAAGAAGGAGGAGGAGGAGAAGCCAGAGGUUGAGGAAGAACCAAAACCCAGCACGCUGCAGGAGCUCAUCUCCCACACCAUGAUCCACUGGGCCCAGGAGUCGUUCGUCCAGAACCCCGAGCUGGUGCGUCUGAUGUUCAGCCUGCUCCACCGGCAGUACGACGGGCUCGGCGAGCUGAUCCGAGCUCUGCCCAAGGCCUACGCCAUCAACGCCGUGUCUGUCCAAGACACCAUGGACCUGCUCGAGUGUCUGGGACAGAUCCGCUCGCUUCUCAUCGUCCAGAUGGGCCCUGAAGAGGAGCGCCUCAUGAUCCAGAGCAUCGGGAACAUCAUGAACAACAAGGUGUUCUACCAACACCCCAACCUGAUGAGAGCUCUUGGUAUGCAUGAGACGGUCAUGGAGGUGAUGGUCAAUGUGCUCGGCGGAGGAGGAGACUCAAAGGAGAUUCGGUUCCCCCAGAUGGUCACCAACUGCUGCCGCUUCCUGUGUUACUUCUGUCGUAUCAGCCGGCAGAACCAGCGCGCCAUGUUCGACCACCUGAGCUACCUGCUGCAGAACAGUGGCAUCGGUCUGGGCAUGCGCGGGUCCACCCCCCUGGAUGUAGCUGCCGCCUCCUGCAUUGACAACAACGAGCUGGCCUUGGCUUUGCAAGAACAGGAUCUGGAAAUGGUCGUGACGUAUUUAGCCGGCUGUGGACUGCAGAUGUGCCCAAUGCUCAUGUCCAAGGGCUACCCGGACAUCGGCUGGAACCCCUGCGGAGGAGAGCGAUACCUGGACUUCCUCCGCUUUGCCGUCUUCGUCAACGGGGAGAGCGUGGAGGAAAACGCCAACGUCGUGGUCCGCCUGCUCAUCCGGCGCCCCGAGUGCUUCGGCCCGGCCCUGCGAGGGGAGGGCGGCAACGGCCUGCUGGCUGCCAUGGAGGAGGCCAUCAAGAUCUCAGAGGACCCGGCUCGGGACGGGCCGACCGUGAAGAAAGACCGGCGGUUCAUGUUUGGCGGCGAGGAGCAGCACGAGGAGAACCGCGUGCACCUGGGAAACGCCAUCAUGUCCUUCUACUCAGCGCUGAUCGAUCUGCUGGGCCGCUGCGCCCCUGAGAUGCACCUGAUCCAAGCUGGUAAGGGUGAAGCUCUGAGAAUCAGGGCCAUUCUGAGGUCCCUGGUGCCCAUCGAGGACCUGGUGGGGGUCAUCAGCCUCCCCGUGCAGAUUCCUGCCUACGGCAAAGAUGGUCAGAUUAUUGAGCCAAAGAUGUCGGCCAGUUUCGUGCCGGACCACAAGGCGUCCAUGGUGCUGUUCCUGGACAGAGUGUACGGCAUCGACAACCAGGACUUCCUGCUGCACGUGCUGGAGGUCGGCUUCCUGCCGGACAUGAGAGCGGCGGCGUCUCUGGAUACGGCGGCGUUCAGCACGACGGAGAUGGCCCUGGCGCUGAACCGCUACCUCUGCUCGGCGGUGCUGCCUCUGCUCACCAAGUGCGCCCCGCUGUUUGCCGGGACGGACCACCGGGCCAUCAUGAUCGACUCCAUGCUGCACACCAUCUACCGGCUGUCCCGCGGCCGAGCGCUCACCAAGGCCCAGAGGGACGUGAUCGAGGAGUGCCUCAUGUCGCUCUGCAAGUAUCUGCGGCCCUCCAUGCUGCAGCAUCUGCUCCGACGGCUGGUGUUUGACGUCCCCAUCCUGAACGAGUACGCAAAGAUGCCUCUCAAGCUGCUGACCAAUCACUACGAGCGCUGCUGGAAAUACUACUGCUUGCCAAACGGAUGGGCCAACUUCGGCGUGACCUCAGAGGAGGAGCUGCAUCUUUCUCGGAAGCUCUUUUGGGGAAUCUUCGAGUCGUUGGCGCACAAGAAAUAUGAUGCAGAGCUCUUCAAGAUCGCCAUGCCCUGCCUGUGCGCCAUCGCGGGAGCCAUCCCUCCGGACUACGUGGACGCCAGCUACUCCUGUCACACCGAGAAGAAAGCCUCGGUGGACGCCGAGGGCAACUUCGACCCCAAGCCGGUGGAGACCACCAACACCAUCAUCCCAGAGAGGCUGGAUCCAUUCAUCAACAAGUACGCUGAGCACACUCACGACAAAUGGGCUUUUGAGAAGAUUCAGAACAACUGGACGUACGGGGAGGUGUUGGAUGACGAUGCAAAGACCCACCCGAUGCUGCGGCCGUACAAAACUUUCUCGGAGAAGGACAAGGAGAUCUAUCGCUGGCCCAUUAAGGAGUCGGUCAAAGCCAUGCUGGCGUGGGAGUGGACCCUAGAGAAGGCCCGCGAAGGGGAGGGAGAGAUCGAGAAGAAGGCCACCACCACUCAGAAGAUCUCCCAGACUGCUCAGGCCACCUACGACCCCAGCCACGGCUACAACCCCCAGCCCAUCGACAUCACCGCCAUGGCCCUGUCCAGGGAGCUGCAGUCCAUGGCGGAGCAGCUGGCGGAGAACUACCACAACACCUGGGGCAGGAAGAAGAAGCUGGAGCUGCAGACCAAAGGUGGGGGCACCCAUCCUCUGCUGGUGCCCUACGACACCCUGACGGCCAAGGAGAAGGCCCGAGACCGGGAGAAGGCCCAGGACCUGCUCAAGUUCCUCCAGCUCAACGGAUACGCCGUAACGAGGGGUCUGAAGGACAUGGAGCAGGACAUCUCCUCCAUCGAGAAGCGCUUCGCCUACGGAUUCCUCCAGAAACUGCUCAAGUGGAUGGACAUCGCCCAGGAGUUCAUCGCCCAUCUGGAGGCCGUGGUCAGCAGCGGCCGCGUGGAGAAGUCGCCGCACGAGCAGGAGAUUAAAUUCUUUGCCAAGAUCCUACUGCCGCUGGUGAACCAGUACUUCAAGAACCACUGCCUGUACUUCCUGUCCACCCCAGCCAAGGUGCUGGGCAGCGGGGGGCACUCGUCCAACAAGGAGAAGGAGAUGAUCGCCAGUAUCUUCUGUAAGUUGGCUGCCUUGGUGAGGCACAGAGUCUCUCUCUUUGGAACGGACGCGGGAGCCGUGGUCAACUGUCUGCACAUCCUCUCGAGGUCGCUGGACGCCCGGACGGUCAUGAAGUCCGGUCCUGAGAUCGUGAAGGCCGGCCUGCGCCAGUUCUUCGAGAGCGCCGCCGACGACAUCGAGAAGAUGGUAGAGAACCUGAAACUGGGCAAGGUGUCCAGCCGGAACCAGGUCAAGGGCGUCUCCCAGAACAUCAACUACACCACCGUGGCCCUGCUGCCGGUCCUCACCUCGCUGUUCGACCACAUCGCCCAGCACCAGUUCGGGGACGACGUCAUACUGGACGACUUGCAGAUCUCCUGCUACCGGCUCAUGUGCAGCAUCUACUCUCUGGGCACCGUGAAGACGCCUCACGUGGAGAAGCAGCGGCCGGCCCUCGGCGAGUGUCUGGCCCACCUGGCAGCCGCCAUGCCGGUGGCGUUUCUGGAGCCGGUGCUGAACGAGUUCAACUCCUUCUCCGUCUACACGACCAAGACGCCCCGAGAGAGAACCAUUCUGGGUCUGCCCAACCAGGUGGAGGAGCUGUGCCCGGACAUCCCCGAGCUGGAGGCCCUGAUGAAGGACAUCCACGACCUGGCCGAGUCGGGCGCCCGCUACACGGAGAUGCCCCACGUCAUCGAGAUCACGCUGCCCAUGCUGUGCAACUACCUGCCCCGCUGGUGGGAGCGCGGCCUGGAGAACUACCCCGACCUGGAGGGCGAGCUGUGCACCGCCGUCAUCUCCGACCAGCUCAACCAGCUGCUGGGCAGCAUCAUGAAGAUCGUGGUCAACAACCUGGGGAUCGACGAGGCGUCCUGGAUGAAGAGACUGGCAGUCUUUGCCCAGCCCAUCGUCAGCAGGGCCAAGCCCGACAUGCUCAAGUCCCACUUCAUCCCCACCAUGGAGAAGCUGAAGAAGCGCUCGUCCAAGGUGGUGGCGGAGGAGGAGCACCUGCGCAUGGAGGGCAAGACGGAGGUGGACAGCGAGAACGGGACCAUCCGCGACGAGUUUGCCGUGCUGUGCAGGGAUCUGUACGCCCUGUAUCCCCUGCUCAUCCGCUACGUGGACAACAACCGGGCGAGGUGGCUGACCUGCCCGGACUCCGACGCAGAAGACCUGUUCAGGAUGGUGGGAGAGGUCUUCAUCUUCUGGUCCAAAUCACACAACUUCAAGAGGGAGGAGCAGAACUUCGUGGUGAUGAACGAGAUCAACAACAUGUCCUUCCUCACGGCUGACAGUAAGAGCAAGAUGAGCAAGUCCGGAGACGCAGAGGCCGGCGGCUCGGAGCAGGAGCGGGCCAAGAAGAAGCGGCGGGGCGACCGCUACUCCGUGCAGACCUCCCUGAUCGUGGCGGCGCUGAAGAAGAUGCUUCCCAUCGGCCUCAACAUGUGCUCCCCCGCCGACCAGGAGCUCAUCAAUCUGGCCAAGAUCCGAUACUCACUGAAAGACACGGACGAGGAGGUGAGGGAGUUCUUACACAACAACCUGCACAUGCAGGGCAAGGAGGAGGACCCGGCCAUGCGCUGGCAGAUGUCUCUCUACAAGGAGAGGUCGGGGAAGGCAGAGGACGCCGAGGACCCAGAGAAGGUGGUGAAACGGGUGCAGGAGGUGUCGGCGGUCCUUUACCACAUCGACGUGACGGAGCAUCCCUUCAAGUCGAAGAAGAUGGUCUGGCACAAGCUGCUGUCCAAGCAGCGCCGCCGGGCCGUGGUGGCCUGCUUCAGGAUGACGCCGCUCUACAACAUCCCCACGCACAGAGCCAUCAACAUGUUCCUGGACGCCUACAAGCGCAACUGGCUGGAGACGGAGGGCUACUCGUUUGAGGACAAGAUGAUCGACGACCUGUCGAAAGCCUUGGAGGAAGAGGAGGAAGAGGAAGAGGAGACCGAGUCGAAACCCGACCCGCUUCAUCAGCUGAUCCUCCACUUCAGCCGCACGGCUCUCACGGAGAAGACGAAGCUGGAUCUCGACCAUCUUUACAUGUCGUACGCUGAUAUCAUGGCAAAGAGCUGCCACAUUGGUGAGGAGGACGAAGGGGGAGAGCAGGAGGGGGAGGAGCCAUCCUUUGAGGUGCGACAGACAGAGAUGGAAAAGGAGAUGGAGAAGCAGAGGCUUCUGUACCAGCAGUCCCGGCUGCACGACCGCGGCGCUGCAGAGAUGGUGCUGCAGAUGAUCAGCGCCUGUAAAGGGGAACCUGGAGCCAUGGUUUCCUCCACACUCAAGCUGGGAAUCUCCAUCCUCAACGGAGGCAACAGUGAUGUGCAGCAGAGGAUGCUGGAUUACCUGAAGGAUAAAAAGGACGUUGGAUUCUUCCUGAGCGUUCAGGCUCUGAUGCAGACCUGCAGCGUUUUGGAUCUGAAUGCGUUUGAGAGACAGAACAAGGCCGAGGGACUAGGGAUGGUUUCAGAAGAGGGAACUAAUGAGAAAGUGAUGGCGGAUGACGAGUUUACGUGCGACCUCUUCCGCUUCCUGCAGCUUCUUUGUGAAGGUCACAACAAUGAUUUUCAGAACUACCUGAGAACUCAGACGGGCAGCACCACCACCAUCAAUAUCAUCAUCUGCACUGUGGACUACCUGCUGCGGCUACAGGAGUCCAUCAGUGACUUCUACUGGUACUACUCAGGAAAAGACAUCAUUGAUGACCCCGGAAAGAGGAAUUUCUCUAAAGCAAUGACAGUCGCCAAGCAAGUCUUCAACAGCUUGACUGAGUACAUCCAGGGUCCGUGCACCGGGAACCAGCAGUCUCUGGCCCACAGCAGGUUGUGGGACGCUGUGGUGGGUUUCCUGCACGUCUUUGCUCACAUGAUGAUGAAACUUGCCCAGGACUCCAGUCAGAUCGGGCUGUUGAAGGAGCUGCUGGAUCUGCAGAAGGACAUGGUGGUGAUGCUUCUGUCCCUGCUUGAAGGGAACGUGGUCAAUGGCACCAUCGCCAGGCAGAUGGUGGACAUGCUGGUGGAGUCCUCCAGCAACGUGGAGAUGAUCCUCAAGUUCUUCGACAUGUUCCUGAAGCUCAAAGACAUCGUGGCGUCCGACGCCUUCCGCGACUACGUGACCGACCCACGCGGGCUCAUCUCCAAGAAGGACUUCUCCAAGGCCAUGGACAGCCAGAAGCAGUACUCCCCGUCGGAGAUCCAGUUCCUCCUCUCCUGCUCCGAGGCCGACGAGAACGAGAUGAUCAACUUUGAGGAGUUUGCCGACCGUUUCCAGGAACCGGCAAAGGACAUCGGUUUCAACAUCGCUGUGCUGCUCACGAACCUGUCCGAGCACGUGCCCCACGACACGCGCCUCCAGAACUUCCUGGAGCAGGCGGAGAGCGUGCUGAACUACUUCCGGCCGUUCCUGGGCCGCAUCGAGAUCAUGGGCGCCAGCAGGAAGAUCGAGCGCAUCUACUUCGAGAUCAGCGAGGCCAACCGCAACCAGUGGGAGAUGCCGCAGGUCCGGGAGUCCAAGCGGCAGUUCAUCUUUGACGUGGUCAACGAGGGCGGGGAGAGCGAAAAGAUGGAGAUGUUCGUCAACUUCUGCGAGGACACCAUCUUUGAGAUGAACAUCGCCGCGUCCAUCUCCGAGCCGGAGGGAGGCGGCGAGGAAGAGGACGACGAAGAUGGGGAGGAGGAGGGCGGAGGAGAUGAAUUAGUGUCCGGAGAUGGAGAGGAAGGCGGCGGGGAGGGCGAGGUGCCCGAGACGACGUCUGCUUUCGCCGAUUUCCUUAAGAGCGUGGUCAACUUCUUCAACAUGUUCACCUUCCGCAACCUGCGGCGCCGCUACCGCAAGCUCCGGAAGAUGACGGUGAAGGAGAUGGUGGUGGGACUGGCCACCUUCGUCUACACCGUGCUCAUGGGCAUCCUGAUAUUCGUGUACAACGUCUGCAAGGGCUUCUUCACGCUCAUAUGGAAGGCCUUGUUCGGAGGCGGCCUGGUGGAAGGCGCCAAGAAGAUGACGGUCACGGAGAUCCUGGCCAGCAUGCCAGAUCCCACUCAGGACGAGGUCCACGGGGACCUGCCACCUGAGCCGGGGGCCCGGGAGGUGCAGGACGCAGACGGGGGGCCGGACCACCUGGACACCAUCGGGGGAGAGGAGGAAGAGGAGGACGGCGAAGAAGGGGAAGCCGGACUGCCUGGUUUCGGCACCCCGGGGGGACUUGGAGAUUUUGGAGAGACCACGACAGAAGAGCCGCCGACCCCCGAGGGCACGCCGCUGCUGAAACGAAAACUGCUGGAGGCCGCAGUGGGGGAACCGGGGGAGGAGGAAAGACAUGAACCUGUAGAGGAGCCCCCCCAGGAGACGGAGAAGGCAGACAUGGAGAACGGAGAGAAGGCAGAGAAGGCGGAGAAGGCCGAGCCUGAGCCCGAGGUGCAGGAGGAGGAGCCCGAGCAGGAAGACGAGACCACCGUCAAGACCAAGUCGAAGAAGGACAAGAAGCCUGAGGAGGAAGGCUUCGAGCUCUGGAACGAGCUGGAGGUCCAGCGGAACAAGUUCAUGAACUAUCUCUCCCGCAACUUCUACAACCUCCGGUUCUUGGCCCUGUUCAUCGCAUUCGCCCUGAAUUUCAUCCUGCUCUUCUACAAGGUGUCCGACACGCCUCGAGGAGGCGAGGAGGACUUCGAGGGGUCCGGUCUCUUCGAGGGCUCGGGUCUGUUCGAAGGCUCCGGUGCCGAGGAGGAAGGUUCUGGUCUGGAGGAGGGAGGGGAGGACGAUGAGGAGGAGGGUCCCCUGUACUUCUUCCUGGAGGAGAGCACCGGCUACAUGGAGCCCACCUUGGCCUGCCUGGGCAUCAUCCACACCGUCAUCUCCUUCCUCUGCAUCAUCGGCUACAACUGCCUCAAGGUGCCUCUGGUCAUAUUCAAGCGAGAGAAGGAGCUGGCCAGGAAGCUGGAGUUCGACGGCCUCUAUGUGACGGAGCAGCCCGAGGACGACGACAUCAAGGGCCAGUGGGACCGGCUGGUGCUCAACACGCCGACGUUCCCCAACAACUACUGGGACAAGUUUGUGAAGAGGAAGGUUCUGGAUAAGUACGGGGACAUCUACGGCCGGGAGAGGAUCGCCGAGCUGCUGGGGAUGGACCUGGCCUCCCUGGACGUCAGCGCCAUGACGCGCGAGAAGAAGCCCGAGCCGGACACCUCCAUGUUCAGCUGGGUGACAUCGAUAGACGUCAAGUACCAGAUCUGGAAGAACGGUGUCGUGUUCACCGAUAAUACCUUCCUGUACCUGGUCUGGUACAUGCUGAUGUCUCUGCUCGGACACUACAACAACUUCUUCUUCGCCUGCCACCUGCUGGACAUCGCCAUGGGAGUGAAGACCCUGCGCACCAUCCUGUCCUCCGUCACCCACAACGGCAAACAGCUGAUGAUGACGGUGGGGCUGCUGGCCGUGGUCGUGUACCUCUACACCGUGGUCGCCUUCAACUUCUUCAGGAAGUUCUACAACAAGAGCGAGGACGAGGACGAGCCGGACAUGAAGUGUGACGACAUGAUGACGUGCUACCUGUUCCACAUGUACGUUGGCGUCCGUGCCGGCGGGGGCAUCGGGGACGAGAUCGAGGACCCGGCCGGAGACGAGUACGAGCUCUACCGAGUGGUCUUCGACAUCACCUUCUUCUUCUUCGUCAUCGUUAUCCUGCUGGCCAUCAUCCAGGGUCUGAUCAUCGACGCCUUCGGGGAGCUGAGAGACCAGCAGGAGCAGGUCCGGGAGGACAUGGAGACCAAGUGCUUCAUCUGUGGAAUCGGGAGCGACUACUUCGACACGACGCCACACGGCUUUGAGACGCACACCUUGGAGGAGCACAACCUAGCCAACUACAUGUUCUUCCUGAUGUAUCUCAUCAAUAAAGAUGAAACAGAACACACAGGACAAGAGUCGUACGUGUGGAAGAUGUACCAGGAGCGGUGCUGGGACUUCUUCCCGGCCGGAGACUGCUUCCGCAAGCAGUACGAGGACCAGCUGGGAUAACGUCCUCCGUGUCCCCGGAGGAGGAAGAGAGGAGCGGCGUUGGAGGGGAAACUCAGAGCGAGCUAAAGAUAGAUCCAGAUCUCACAACAUUUCUCUCGUCUGUUAAAGCUAUGCACACUUGGACUGCACUUUCAGCCGCAGCGGGACGGCAGCGGGAACCGGAGAGGCGCCAGGGGCGCGCCGAGCCACGAGCCUUGUUACUCUGCCGUGAACUCACGGCCUUUUCUGUGUAAAAACAACAACUCAGAUUGCCUUGCAGACCAAUGCAUCUUUACACGAGGGGCUAGUCGCUGCUGCUGUAAACGUUAUAGUGCCUAUAGCAAUGUCACUGCUUCAGCUGUCCGGUAGCUUUCAGUUCAGCGUGCACACUUCUCUUUUCAUUUAUUUUUUAGUCUUUUUCUUUUGUGGCAGCAGCCGUCGUGUAUUUUAUUUAUUUGUAUUUAUUUUCUCUGAUUGUUGGAGAGAAGACGACCCAGAGGGAAAGUCCAGGCCGCUCGUCACCCCCCUCCCCUCCUCUCCAGACACAAACCUCCUCACACCAGUGGAUCUGAACACUUUACUGACUUGCCAGGAUAAUAAAUGUGUGAACCAGACACUCUGAAGUCUUACGAGGCGUCCUCGGGUGCAGCGUCUCGGCGCCACGUCAGAUCAUAGCACCGUACAGGAGGAUGCCCAGGUUAUUUAUUUCUUAUUUAUAUGCAGAUCAAAUCCUCUGAGGACGGUUUGAUCCCGUCUGUAUAUCAGGCCGGCGUCUGUUUCCACGACACUCUCUUCAACGUUUUUUGUUAAAAUAAGUGAUGAAUGUAUUUAAUGAAAACGUUUCUCUGCCAAAGCGUCAUCUGUGUCACCGGUAAGAGGCUUCACGCGAGCCUUUUGAGGAUUAGACAUAUUUUACAUAAACCAUAGAUACAUAUAUUUAUUUUUCUUUAGAGCGAUGGGAGGCUGAAGUGAUCCAUGCGACUUUCUAAGACGCGAGAGAGAGAGAGAAAGAGAGUCUCACACUGGAGGGGAUUAAGGAAGAGUAUUAGGGCCAGGCAGGAGAAAAUAAAAAUAAUAUUUUAGAGGAGGAAGAUUCUUUUUUCAUUUUGCAUAAAAGUCGAAAUGUCGAGAAAAAAGUCGAAAUGUUGAGGAAAAAGGCAAAAUUUCAACUUUAUUCACGAAAUUUCAACUUUAUUCUUGAAAUUGUAUUUCAACAUUAAUCUCGAUAUUUCAACUUUUUUCUCGACAUUUCAACUUUUUUUCUCCAAGUGCACAAUAAAAAAAAAUCUUCCCCUCUCAAAUAUGUUUUCUCUUGCAUGGCCCUAAUACUCUUCCGUAGGGUAUAGUAGCUCUAGUUUUUGCUGGUUAAGUUUUUAAAUGAUAGAUAUUUCAGGAAUUAUUUUCUCAGUCGAGAAAAAGGCUGCGUGACCCGCGCGGACCUCAGCGUGGACCUCGGAGAGGCUCCGCGUCGCCGCUUUUCGCGCGUCUGGGGACGAGAGCAGCGUUUUGGUUGCGGGUGACUCCGACGUUUGUGUUUGUGCCGCUUCAGUCGUCUGAACGGAGCUGAACGGAGAUCACCGCUUUCCACGUGGCUGCGUGUCCUCUGACUGAACCCUGUGUUUCAAUACAGAAUAAACAGAUUAUUUUAAGGAGAACGGGAGCACGUGUCUUCAUUUAAUCCAUGUCUGCAGGGAA